UACGACGACGACCCAGCAGGAGUGGCAAUGACUCACUGAGAAGGACUUCAAUAUGUUCAUGGGGGUGGGGAGAAGUGAGGAUAAGUGGGUCCCCUCGCUGGGCAAGUACCCAUGGGAGCACCCCAAGCACUCCAGGGCCAGUUUAAUAGGAUUGAGCCGGGAGAUCCCAAUCUCCUCAGGGCACUGGAAUCAGCCCAGGGCUAAGCCUGGUGUGGGGAUCAAGGCAUGGUGAGGUUUUGGGGACGGGAUCCCACUGCUUUUGGGUAACUGCAUGCCUUGCAGGUGCUCGCAGGACGUCGGCAGUCACUCAGCACUGAGGGCAGCACGGAGACAUGAGCGGCAGCACGAGCCAGCGUGCCGCCGUCUUCGUGCUUCUCUUCGCCCUGCUCAUGCUGCUGAUCAUCUACAGUUCCAGCAGUGGGACCGAGGUGUUCCCCUACAGCGCACUGCGGGGCAGAGCCCGGCGGCCCCCCAACCUGCGGCACUGGGGGGUGAGCGGCGGGUACCUGCCCGUGUCUGGGAACAAGAGCCUGACUGCCCACUGCCACCAAUGCGCCAUCAUCACCAGCUCCAGCCACCUCCUGGGCACCCACCUGGGCGCCGAGAUCGACCAAACCGAGUGCACCAUCCGCAUGAACGACGCUCCCACCACCGGCUAUGAGGCCGAUGUGGGCAACAAGACCACCUUCCGUGUGGUGGCCCACUCCAGCGUCUACCGCGUCCUCAAGCGGCCCCAAGAAUUCGUCAAUAAAACCCCAGAGACCAUCCUCAUCUUCUGGGGGCCGCCGGUCAAGAUGCAGAAGGGGCUGUUGAAGAUCAUCCAACGCGUCGGCGCAUCCUUCCCCAACAUGACAGCCUACAUCGUCUCCCCGCAUCGCAUGAAGCAGUUCGAUGAGCUCUUUCGGGGGGAGACAGGGAAGGACAGAGAGAAAUCGCGCUCGUGGUUGAGCACGGGUUGGUUCACCAUGGGGAUUGCGGUGGAGCUGUGCGACACCGUCCACGUCUACGGCAUGGUGCCCCCCAACUACUGCAGUCAGCGUCCGCAGCCCCGCCGCAUGGCCUACCACUACUACGAGCCCAAGGGCCCCGACGAGUGCACGACGUACAUCCACAACGAGCGCAGCCGCCGCGGCAAUCACCACCGCUUCAUCACCGAGAAGCGCGUCUUUGCCAGCUGGGCCGCCCCUUACAACAUCACCUUCUCUCACCCCACCUGGCCCUAGGGCAGCUGCACUGAGCAGGGAGCCCUGGGGAUGGGGUCCCUUUGAUUCGGGGUCCCUUUUUAUUCGGGGUCAGCUUGGGAUGGGAUCCUCUUGGCUUGGGGUCCCAUUGGGACGGGUUCCCCUGGGGGUGGGAUCUCUGUGGGAUGAGAUCCCCUUAGCUUGGGGUCCCCUUGGCUUGGAGCCACCUUAGUUUUUAGUUCAGGGAUUCCUUGGCUUGGGGUCUCUCAUGGGAUGGAGUCCCCUUGGUUUGGGAUCCUAUUGCUUCGAAGUCCCCUUGCUUGGGGUCCAGGCUGCACCGUGCACCCCAGGGCUGACACAACCAUCAGGGCCACGUGCCACGGCUGUGCCCAUGGGUUCUGCACAGCUGUGACAUUGUGGGUUUUGGGGUGUCCUGCAGGACAUGGGAACCCAGCUCAGAACCUCCCAGGCUGCACUGCAGCCCAUCACCCUGAGAGCACACGGGGGUGCAGGUGCACGGUCCCCUUUGGCUGGCAUGGGGGUCGCAUUGCUUCUGGGGGCAAAAUUCUCGCCCCCACCCCCCACUAUCCCUCAGCACAAAUCCUAACAUUUUCAGUGUCACCAUCCCCAGAACAGAGACCUCAAGAGCCACCCCAGUGAGGACCAAGGGGAUGACACUGCCAACGUGGUGCCGGGAGGGGAGGUGGGUAGGGGGAGCAACACCACACAGCACUGCCGGA